AUGAAGACGUUCAUCGCGCUGUCCGUCCUGGUAGCCGUGGUGGCCGGAGCGGCCAUCGAGUCCGGCGAGCAGAAGACCGUCGAGAAGCGAGGGCUGGCCGAGCAGCUGCAGGACCGAUCGGAUCACCAUCACGAGCACCACGAGCACGUGAAGUACGUCACCAUCACGAAGAAGGUGCCGGUGCCGUACCCGGUCGAGGUGGAGAAGCACGUGCCGGUGCCGGUGAAGAUCCCCUACCCGGUGCACGUGGAGAAGAAGGUGCCGUUCGUGAUCGAGAAGAAGGUGCCGGUGUACGUGGAGAAGAAGGUGCCGGUGCACGUUGACCGACCGGUUCCGGUGGAGGUGAAGGUACCGUACGAGGUGCCGGUGGUGCACAAGGAGUACGUCGAGGUGCCCAAGCCGUACCCGGUGCACGUGGAGAAGCCCUACCCGGUGUACGUGAAGAAGCCGGUCUACAUCGAGAAGCCGGUGCCGGUCAGCGUGCACAUCAAGAAGGUGAAGAAGCACCACUAA